GCAAAGACAAACUGAACACUUUAGCUAUCAGUGUAAUGAAUGAAUGGCCUGGGAUCAAACUACGUGUUGUUGAAGCAUGGGAUGAAGACCAACCUAACAUAGAACCGCUGCAUGCUGAAGGAAGAGCUGUAGACAUCACCACCAGUGACAGAGACAAGAAUAAAUAUGGUGCUCUAGCUCGCUUGGCUGUAGAAGCUGGAUUCGAUUGGGUCAGUUAUGAAAGUAAAGCAUGGGUCCACUGUUCAGUCAAAUCAGAAUCUGCUGCAGCCAAGAAUUCUGGAGGGUGUUUCCCGGGAUUUUCUCAAGCAUACCUUAAGAAUGGACGCAUGAUAAGUAUGUUGGACAUCAGGGUAGGUGAUGAGGUAGCCGUAGUCAACAAUAACGGAGAAUUGGAUUAUAGUGAUGUUAUCAUGAUAGUACAUAGAAAACUCAACGAUAGUACAUUAUUUUAUGUAAUAGAGACUGCAGACAAAACAAUAGUACAGCUAACGCCACAGCAUUUGAUUUACGUGUCAGAAACGGAAUCAAACUUCGACCAAAGCAGAGCUGUGUUUGCUAGUGAAGUUCGGACUAAUCAAUUUGUAUAUACAACAGCACAGAACCAUGACAGGGGGGUAAGGCCGAUGAAAGUGGUCAGUGUAACUACGAGGUUAGGUCGUACGGCGGUGGCUCCAGUGACCAGGCAAGGAUCCUUGGUCAUAGACGACGUAGCGGUAUCAUCGUAUGCAGUCAUGCGUGACGAAUGGGUCGCACACGCAUCAUUCGCUCCUAUCCGAUGGUACACCUACAUCAGUCAUAUGCUUGGUAUCACAGAUACAGAUACAGGACAAGAGCAACGGGUGCAUUGGUACACCCAAGGACUUUACAAACUCGGUAAAUACGUCAUGAGUGAUAGAUUAUUUCCAGGCUUUGAUGUAUAGGUUGACCCCCUUUCUCAACAGUUGGGACAAUAAAAACCACUUCACAUCACUUGACCAACUGGCUGGAACUUAGAGUGAGAGCGGGUGCAAACAAAUGAUUUGUUUUAUUUUGUGACUCAUUGUUGUAUGUUUGCUGUUGACGGGAAUUAUGGGGUAAGAAUAAGGUAUUCAUAAAUGUUGGCAUUAGCCACUGUUUAGAUAGGCCAAUAUAUCGGAAAUAAGAUAAUGUUAUAGGAAGACUGAAUAUAUACAUCCAAUAUGCAAGUAUACAAUGUAGAUCUCUAUCCAUUGUAAGAGCGUCGCAAAAUAACCAAUCGAAAAGCAAUAUUAUAUGCUUACGGUCAUCAAAAAAGGGAAAGGGAUAACAUAAGUCAUGUGUUUUAGGUAAAGAUCACAUGUUCUUAACACCAUCUCAUCUUAUCUAUUACCUUACCACAAACAAUUCAAUGGUUAUUUUCUUUGAGUGUUUCGUCCAAAUAACACGUUAAGGAUUUCAUAUCUUAACAAAUAUUUAAAGUGUAUUUAGAAUGCCAAAGUUAUCGUUGAAGAAUAAAAGUUUUAAAUAUUUAUCUUUGUACAUACAUUGUUGUUGAUGCUGCAUUAAAUGCAGUGACGUUUAUUAUAAGGAAUGAUCGUUGCAGUCAUGAGGGUGAUGAAACUUGCAUAUUCUUCCUCUACAGUAAUUACAUCAUCUCUUAUAGAGUAUCAAACUGUGAAUAAUGAACCAACUCGUCAUACUGUGAAUAUUGUUUGGUUUAUUAUGGCGGUCAAACGAACACGCGAGAACUCUCUAUAUUUUGUGUAAUGCCAUAUGUCAUAUUACUUGCUUUCAGUAUAGUCCAUGUAUUUAUUCCGCUUUACCCCUGUACAAAGUGUUCCACAAUGCUAUUUCAUCGUUUUCUAAGUAAUUCAAUGUAUUUAAUAAUAUUGUAUAGAAUUUGAUAUCAACUUCUAAUGUCAGAUGUUAUAUUUCUGCGAUUAUGUAGGCCUAUAGAGGAAUUUUCUUUUCAUAAUUAUGAUAGAUAUAUGUGAAACUGCUAAUUUAUACAUGUUAUUGACGAAAUGUAAGAUGUUUUUGGCAAUUUACAAAGAAAAGUUGUCUCCUUUUUAUAUGUAUAGAUCUACCUGUUUAAGUCAAAUUUUCAUAUGUUAAAAAAAUCUUUCAUGUUGUAUAUUCAGUUCCUUAAUACUGCAAGUCUAUGCAUUACCCUCCUCUGCUUUAAAUGUAGAUAUCAGAAGUUAUGUUUAUAUGUGUUCUGGACAUAGAAGAAGAAGAAUAUAGUAAUCAUAAUAAUGAAUGUCACAAAAAGCUAGUUUAAGUAUAGAAGCUUUCUGUGACAAGGCAUUCAUCUCACUAAAUUACUACAACCAAAUAAAUUACGAUUAAUUGAAACAUGAAGGAAUAGAUACAUAUAGUUAAUUUUCAUGGGGUAUCAAAUCUGUCCGAGAAUAAUAUAUAUUAUCAUCAAGUUUUGUAUUCUCCCUGCCUCUCAGAUGAAAAAAUUUGCCUUCCUUACACAAUAGCGUUUCUUUUGAUUAAAAUUCAAAAUUGUCACCGGGGGAAAAAAUAGUCACCGUGCAAGUAAAUCCAAUAGCAUUUUUAUUAGUUUUCCUCAUGUGGAUCAAUAGACAUUUAAUUAAAAAGGAUACCUGAUGACACUCACAUUUCACGGGCAAUUAACAAUAAUUACAUUCUAGUAAUUUUUAACCUAGUGGUAUAUUGGUCAGUCAAUUAAAAUCUGUAUUCCACUGAGAUACAGACGUAAACAUGCAAUAUUCACUGAAAAUAUCAGAGAAGCAUAUACCUAUAUGACUAUGACUUGGGUCAUUUGUUGUUCAUUAGCUGUGACCAGGUCAAUUCACUUAAUAUAAAGGUAAUAUACAAAAAUAAAAUCCUUCAUAUACCUAGAUAUUAAUCUCAAUGA